AUGGAAGAAGUUUGGAUGGAUAUCAGCCUCAGCACUCUCCACCAGGACCUGGAGGCCAAACCCACCUCCACCACCACCCCCUUCAGAGGCAUCGUCCUCCAAGACUUCCUAGGUGGGGACUUCAAUGAUCCACCCCCUGUUUCGCCUCCUCUUAAUGACCUUCCCCUUCCUCGCUUCACCGGCCUCAGCCUGAACUCUGGCCACCUCAUGGUCCAUCCCAACUCCACCAAUUCCAAUACCAAUGGUACUGGUGCUUCCUCCGCUGGCCCCUUUGCCUACUGCUCCAAGAAGAGAGCAUUAGAGCAGCAACCGGAAGCGAGCUUCGGCCAUGGCAAUGGCGCCGAUCGACGGAAGAAGAGGAUGAUCAAAAACCGGGAGUCGGCGGCUCGUUCUCGAGCAAGAAAACAGGCUUAUACAUAUGAGCUGCAGCGCGAGGUUGCUCGUUUGCUAGAUGAGAACAGAAAGCUGGAGAGAAUGUUUGAGGAGUUACGUUUGGAGAUGGAAGCUCAAGUACCUGCCAAGCGCACACUACAGAGGGCCUCAACAGCGCCAUUUUGA